AUGAGAUUUCAUUUGGAUAGCUUUAUUCGUAAUAUCUGUCAAGCUAUAAUUGAAAAGUUUAACAAAUAUUGGGAGCAUAGCAGCUUCUUACAUAUGACUGCAUGUAUUCUUGAUCCCUGCUACAAAAUGCAAUUUAUUUCAUAUUAUUAUUGUGAAAAGGAAAAAUUGACAGUAUAUGAUCUUAAUGAAAAAAUGCAAGAUAUUCAAGUAAAAUUUGAAGAUUUAUAUCUUCGCACAUAUCAUUCCCUAUCAACUAGUGAUUAUGAUAAUGGAAAUAUUGUUAAUAUUGAAAGUAAUAUAUCAAUAUUUGAAAAUCAUAUUGAUGAUUUCUUCAAAUAUGCAGCAAAACAAACCUGGGUUAGCAAAAAUGAUCCACUUUCCAAAGUGAAACAAUAUUUAGAUGAACCAAUCGCUUCGAAAAAUAUCAACAUACUUGAAUGGUGGAAACAUAAUAAGGAUCAGCUUCCCAACUUAUCAGCAAUGGCCCAAGACUUUUUAGCUAUACCUGCUACAACGUUGUAUCAGAACAGAUGUUUAGCUAUGCAG